GACUGGGUGAUGCGGUGGCAGAGCCCGUGAGAGGCCGGUGUGAGGUCGAGCUCCACACCGUGGGGCUGGGCCAGCGGCGAAGGCUCCGUGACCUCGGACAGUGUGACUGUUCAUAGGACAGGCUGUCAGAGCCUCGGCGGGGCCUCGGAGACCCUAUUCUGGUGGUGGCUGAGAAAACUGAGUCCCAGAGAAAGGACAGCCUUACCCCAGCCUCCAGCCCCGCCUGAAUACUGGCCUUUCCCUGCGGGGGCCCUGCAGCGCCUGGGAAGGACCCCACCCAGCCCUUGGGAAGCACCCUUGAGAGGCCCUGGGUGGGACCCCAGAGCCUGGCUGCACACGGGACAGCCUCCCCUGCCCCCGCACUGCCACAGACCAUUAACUCUGGGAGCGCUCAUCCUCCCAGGAAGGCCCCCCGCCCCACCCAGGCCCCCAGCUCCUGCCACAUAGCCAGGAGGGGGUUGGAUUCUGGCUCCCAUGACACUAGGGGGCUGCCCCCCACCCCCAGGGUGCGCCCGGCACGGCUACUGUCCUGAAAGCCCUGGAGGCUGACUGCACACGUCCCAGCAUGCAAGGCACCCCUCUGAAAUGAAGGUUGCCCAUCUUGUGGUCUUAGAAUCUGUGCGCCCCCAAACGGCUCCUGCUGGCUUGCGGCUGCUCAUCUGCCCCCGGGGCCGGCUCCACACUCAGAUGAGGAGAAACCAAAGCCCAGAAGGGCUGAGGCCAGCAAGUCCCUGGUGGGGCUGGAUCCCAGCUCUGCCCAUGGACACCCCGUUUGCACAGGCUGGGGUGCAGGCUCGCCCCUGCCCUGCUGUGAGGAGGGCCCUGGAACCAGGCAGGACGGGAGAAAGUGGCCCAUUGCUGAGCCAUCCCUCCUGGAGCCGGGGUGCCCCAGACCCCCAGCAGGAUCCAUGAGAUUCCUGCAGCAAGAGCUCUGGGCGGCAUCACCCCUGUGGCUGCCCAGCUCUGGCCCCAGCUGUUGGUGGCUGGCCACCCAGAGGAGAAGGCCCCCCACCCGGAGGCACGGGCCAUGUGGGGCUCUCAGGAGGUUCUGCUGGUGUGCUUUCUGGUGCUGGCAGCAGGUGGCACGGAGCAUGCCUACCGGCCAGGCCGCAGGGUGUGUGCAGUCAGGGCUCACGGGGGCCCCAUCUCUGAGUCCUUUGUGCAGCGCGUGUACCAGCCCUUCCUCACCACCUGUGAUGGUCACCGGGCCUGCAGCACCUACCGAACCAUCUAUAGGACCGCCUACCGCCGCAGCCCUGGGCUGGCCCCCGCCAGGCCUCAGUACGCAUGCUGCCCUGGCUGGAAGAGGACCAGCGUGCUCCCCGGGGCCUGCGGAGCAGCAAUAUGCCAGCCGCCAUGCCGGAAUGGAGGGAGCUGCGUCCAGCCUGGCCACUGCCGCUGCCCAGCAGGGUGGCAGGGUGACACCUGCCAGUCAGAUGUGGACGAAUGCCGUGCUGGCAGGGGCCGCUGUCCCCAGCGCUGCGUCAACACUGCCGGCAGUUACUGGUGCCAGUGUUGGGAGGGGCACAGCCUGUCUGCAGAUGGCACAUUCUGCGUGCCCAAGGGAGGGCCCCCCAGGCUGGCCCCCAACCCGACAGGAGUGGACAGUACGAUGAAGGAGGAGGUGCGGAGGCUGCAAUCCAGGGUGGACCUGCUGGAGGAGAAGCUGCAGCUGGUGCUGGCCCCACUGCACAGCCUGGCCUCGCAGGCGCUGGAGCUGGGGCUCCCGGACCCUGGCAGCCUCCUGGUGCACUCCCUCCAGCAGCUGGGCCGCAUCGACUCCCUGAGCGAGCAGAUCUCCUUCCUGGAGGAGCAGCUGGGCUCCUGCUCCUGCAAGAAGGACUCGUGACACCUGAGCCCCCAGCUGGACUGAGCCCCUCCCCUGCAGCCCCAGCCCGACAACGUGCUGGGGUCACCACUUCGGGGUGACUGAGCAGGAGGCUGGGCAGGACCCUCCUCCUCCUCCCCCUCUUCAUCAGAAGGCUCCCAGAGUUCUGGUAUGGGUGGGCUGGGGUCUUCUGUGUGAAUCCACCCCCGCGGCAUCCCAGGGCCUAGUGGCCCCUUUGCUGAGGGAAGGUACGAGCUCAUAAGGUCUCUGCCAGGGCCUGGGACCCGUGGCAUGGGAGCCGGGAGGCUGGGUGGGGCCUCAGUGGGGCCUGCCACCUGAUACCCCGAAGAAUAAAGAUGACAUGUGA